AUCGUCUAGAGGAACAUGUCGAUUAAAGAGCCUGGUGCAGGGACCAUCCGGAUGAUGAGUUUUGAAAACAGCUUUUUGGUGGGACGCCAACGUUCACAGAUUUUUUGUUCCCACGCGUACCUUGCCCCAGAGGCGUACCUGGGCCACAUGUCAUCUUUCCCGGUUGACAUGUGGGGACUGGGUUGUACAGUGGCCGAGUUGGCUACCGGACGCAUCCUCUUUCCGGCCAUCAACAAACACGACCAGCUCCCGUGUUAUAUUGAGACCCUCGGGAUGCCUCCUCAGAAUUUGAUUGAUGGCGCGCCUGGGAGAAACAAGUACUUUGAUGGUUCGGGGAUGCCUUUGAUGUCCGGACAAAGCAGGGUCCCAGGCAGUCACCCCCUCUACCUGGCACUCGGGAGCCAGGACUCGGAGUUCCACGACUUCAUUAGCCGCUGCCUGGAGUAAGAACACACCCCCGCCCCCACCAU